CUCUGGCAUCACUGUGUGACAACAAUAAUGGUGGCUUUGGAUGUUGCGGAACUGUUACAUCGAGGACCUCAAACUAUAUUCGUUUUUUCUUUCGUUGUUCUUUCCUUCUGCCUCUGCAGUGGAUCUGUUCAUGACGGGGCGCAGCUUUCCAGUGCUGAAUCUCAGGUCCUUAGGCAUCCUUCCAGUGGAAACGUUCAUCACCUGAUUUUCGCAAACGAGAGCACAGUUUCUCGUGUCUACAGAAGCAAAGCAGACUUGAUCUACAGCGUCGGAGAUAUUCCCCAGCAGGAGCUCCAGGCGAGGCCCCUGGUUCGAGAUGCUGGCCACGAGAGCUGCCCAUCGGACGCGCCGUGUAACAGGCUCAACGCCGAGUGCCUUACGUGCAAAUUCAACUACUCUUGCGUUUAUGGUGAAGAAGUCGCCGUUAUGUGUCAACCCAAGUCGGGAAUCAAGUGCAUUGACAAGUCUGGUGCCUUUGAGCGGAAGAUGAUCUGCCGCUACUGCUAUCAGACAGCAAACAGUGAGCACAUCUGUGACCACAACAGCACCUGCCAGGUGAACAGUGCUCCACGUCAGCGCUACAUUGCAACAUGCAACGUUCGGCCUGAUGUUCUCUGUCUUGGUAGGAGGCAGUUCCACAAGAACCUGCUCUGCAAUUGGACCAGGGGCUACAGCUGGUGGACAGCCCUAGUGCUCAGCAUUGUGCUUGGCGGCUUUGGAGCAGACCGGUUCUACCUGGGCAUGUGGCAAGAGGGCAUUGGCAAGCUCUUCAGCUUUGGUGGUCUUGGUGUCUGGACGCUGGUCGAUGUCGUCCUCGUGGCUGCAGGCUAUUUGGGACCUGCUGAUGGUUCCCUGUACAUUUCGUGAUGGGGCAUUCUAGACGGUUGCAGGAUUUGUUACAGUGCACUCAGAAGGGCUGAUGCACUUAUGCUAGCUGCAGGUGUGCCAAAAAGCUCUAGGUAGGGUUACAGCAGGAAUAUCUUCCCCCUCCACCCCACUUGUAGUGAUAGCACAACGAACGCAAAGCCCGAUCUCUGGGUGCCUACAUUCUGGUGCAGUUCCUCAGAAAAAUGUGUGCAAUGAGGUUUGUGACAAAAAGCCAGACUGGUUUCCCUCCUCUGACUAACCAGGUGAUGCUAGUUCAUUUCUCUAAACCCACAACAUUUUACCUGAAGCAUCAUCUCCAUUACAUAAGACGAUUUUUUCCUCCUCCCCCCCCCCCUUUUUUUCCUAAAGCAAAGCUGCACAUAUAUAGGGAAUACAAACAUACAGUUCAGUGUUGUAAUGCUUCAAGCAGUUUACAGAAUUUUUGUAAGAAAUUUUAUCAUGUUCUGCAGUUAGAUAUUUUCUCUGGGUGUGUUCUGGCACUGCAUUCUCGGUCGAUCAUUGCUAAUGUGUGCCAAUUGGUCAAACCAGCAGAAGCACUCAUGGCAAAAGAACCAGGCAGCUGGGAUGCACAGUUGGCGUUGAGCUUAUGGCUCAUGGGACCCAAAGAAAAGGUGAAUGUUUCGGCAGCCUGUACCUGCAUUCGGAUUUCCAGCCUGUUUUAAUACAGUUGAACCUCACUGUAACGAAGUCGAAUCAGGCAUGAAAAUACCUUCAUUAUAUCUGAUAUUCAUUAUAAGCAUGCACGUGAAUAAUCGACCAAAAAAUGAUUGCGGUCAGGUCUAUGUAAAAGAAACAAGUGGGGUGGCUCCUAUGGGCCAGCAGCAGGUCUCCUGUGCAUUUUUGACCUGUCGACAUCUUGCCGUGCCGAUACAAGACAUGGGAACAACAAUAAAUUAUGAACAUCCACUCUGCACCAAAUAAACAUGCUCUGCAUCACCACAUGUGCAAGCAAAAAUUUUCCUCAAUGUGUAACUGAUACCGUGUCCAAUCCCACAUUUUCAGUUUCCUCAUUGCAGGAGUAUACUCCACUGAAAUAAAGCCUGGCCGACCAAAUGCUAUAUUUACUUCCUUAUAUCCGAUAAUUCAUUAUAUUUGUGUUAUAGCAAGGUUUGACUGUACGUGUGAACAACAUGGCCUUUAGCAGAAAGAGCAUAGAAAUCCCUUUCUUGCAUCCUGUUUUUUCUCUCUGUUCCUGCAAAAGUCACGAGCCCAAAUGCAUACACUUCAUCAUAGUGUUGUAUGAUUUUACUGGCUCCUAGCACAAACUGCUGGGAAAUUCAACAUUUUCACGGAACCAAUGCACUGUGAAUCUUUGAUAUGGGCAAGAGCUGUUGUACACUGUGAAACAAAUGCUCUCAGCAGUUAUUUCCCUACCACACAAAAAUUUGUCAUCAGGCAGUGACUCUUCUGGUUGAAGUCUUAAUUGUGCUAAGCCUCCUUUCAAAGUAUUGUCGUUACUCGGUUGCAUUACAAAGGGAGUGUGCUCGCACGUCUUUUCUGUACCAUGACAUGCUUGCAAAUUGAAGGUGGAUCACUAGGGCUUCAGUUAAACAACUGUUUAUUGGCGUUGGGCAUGUGGCAGAGCAGUUCUUGUAAAUAGUGUACACAACGUAUUGUAUGGGUGCUUGGAAAUAAACUCAUUAACUUCUGCAUCUUUUGUUACCUUUCUCAGA